AUGGAAUCCCUCCACGCGAGAAUCCAUUGUACUUCCCACUCCAAAUUAUCAUUGAAUGGGAUUUGUUGUUUGGAAAUGAGUUUCGACUCAAAUACUGGUGACUAUAAGAUCCUUAGGAUUCUCAAGGACCGAAACCAAGGUCGCAAAGCACGAGUUGAAAUACUGGCGCUUAAAAGUGGUUCCUGGAGAAAAAUUGAUGAACAUCCUGAUGUCUUUCAAUAUAUUCUGCUUGGCAUGCAUUCUUUGGCAUAUAUACAAGGGGCAUUUCAUUGGGUUGGUUUUUCAAGAAAUUAUUUUGUGGUUUCAUUCAAUAUAUCUCAUGAAGUGUAUGGAGAGAUACCAUUGCCAGAGCAAAUAAGCAUGAGCUAUAUUGAUAUUGGUGUUUCAGAAUUGGAAGGAAUGCUUUGUGCUUAUUCUAAUGUGCAUCAUCAGGGGGAGAACACUUUUAAGUUAUGGAUGAUGAAAGAUUAUGGAGUCCAAGAAUCUUGGAAUGCAUUAUUCUGCAUAACAGAUCCCAAUAUUGAUAUACCUGUACUGAAAUAUGUGUUUGCAAAUGGGGAAGUGUUAUUCUGGUGCAUAUAUUAUGGACGCGCAGAGAAUGCAUAUUGGACACAGAAUGGUCCCUUUACAUUAUUGCCCUGA